GCUUAAGAUGUGGGGUUAUUAAAGUUUUUAUAUUUCUUUAAAUAAUUAUACAAAAUUUUAUAAUAACUGUAACCAGUGCUUUUGAUAACAAUACAAUACUUAAAAAUGAAACGAAAAACUUCAACAAUUGAUGAAGAGGAGGCAGGCUUAUCUUCAAUUCUGUUCAAUAAAUCUAAAAAAUUAUCAAAUAACUUAGCCCAGCAAACUAAAAUUGAAUGUGAAAUAGAUAUAAAACCGGUAUGGGUUGAUGAAGAUGAUGAAACUUUGAAAACAAGUAUUGUCCCUAAAGCUAAAAAUGAUGGCCUCUAUGUACAAAAACUCAAACAGAGAUAUGAAACUUUAGUUGGAACUCCAAGCUGGGCUAAAAUUUUAAAAUCGGAGAAACAAGAAAGAACUGAAGAAGACAAAUUGCUUAAAUCUGUUGGUCAUUUGAAACGUGCGACCACCAAGGGUCUUAAAAAAGAAUAUUUAGAAGUAAGAUCAUUUCCCAAAAUCAAUUCUGAAACUCGCAAUGAGGGUGCCAUAAUAAGUUGCACAGAAUUUCAUCCAAAAAUGAGUGUUGCUCUAGUUGCUGGACAUUCAGGAAUUGUGUCGCUAUUUUCAAUUGGAGGAGAAACUAACCAUAAAUUACAUAGCUUCAAUUUAAAGAAAUGGAAAGUUACAACUGCUCAGUUUAACCCUGACGGUACUGAGGCAUACAUAGCUUCUAACAUAAGCCAUGAUUACUGUGUUUACAAUUUAGUCAAGGCGGAACCUAAACUAGUGCAGCUACCUAGAGUAGUAAAGAAACCAACUAAUUUUACAUUGUCACCAGAUGGCAAACUUAUUGCAACAAGUGAUGGAUUUGAUGAAGUUUAUAUUGUAUGUAUAGAGUCUAGGGAACUCAUAAGAUCUUUAAAACACAACAGUAAGGUUCAAUCUUUAUGCUUCAGUAACGAUUCAUCCCAGCUGUUUACCUAUGGUGUUCAAGGAGAGGUUACAUUCUGGGACCUAUCAACUUACAGAGCAAAGAAUAAGUUUUUUGAUCAUGGGUGUGUUACAGCCUCUUGCAUUACCACUAGUCAUUGUGGAAGAUUAAUAGCAACAGGUAGCGGCGAAGGCAUAGUAAAUAUAUAUGAUACCACAAAAAUUGAUUCAGAAGAGCCACUACCACAGAAAAUUAUUUCAAAUUUGAGAACAAAGGUUUCCCACUUAAAGUUUAAUCCGACAACGGAAAUAUUAUCGGCAAAUUCUUAUGUGUAUCCAAACGCUUUGAAAUUAAUUCACAUUCCAUCAUAUACUGUUUUCUCUAAUUUUCCCAGUGAAAAUUUGCAUCAAAUCCAAACAGUAAGCUUUUCACCUAAUAGUGGAUAUUUGGCUUUGGGUAAUAACAAGGGUAGUGCAUACCUUUACAGAUUAAAGCAUUACAAAAACUACUAAUAUAUAAUAUAUUAUCAUCAUUUAUU